AUGGCUCCAGUCUUCUACGCCAACGUCAAGUCGGUGCUCAGCGGCGACACCCUCGUUCUCACCAACCCCAACAACCCCAGCGCUGAGAAGACGCUCUCCUUUGCCUACGUCUCGGCUCCCCGUCUCAGCAAGGACGCCGAGGAGCCGUUCGCCUUCCACUCGCGCGAGUUCCUGCGGGAACUGACCCUGGGCAAGCCCAUCAAGUUCAGCGUUUUGUACACGAUCCCCAAUUCCGGCCGGGAGUACGGCACCGCAUGGCUUCAGGAUGGCACCCAGCUGCCAGAAGCUUCCGUCCAAGCUGGAUGGCUGAAGGUUCGCGAGGAGGCCGGUAGGAAGGAGGAGUCCGAGGAGAUCCUCGACAAGAUUGACAAUCUGCGGAGGCUGGAGGCUCAGGCCAAGGAGGAGGGCAAGGGCCUGCACGCUGGCACCGGCGGCGUCAUCGAGGUCCAGCACGACCUGGGCAGCCCGUCCUUCUUCAAUGAGUGGAAGGGCAAGACUGUGGACGCCAUUGUUGAGCGUGUCAUCACUGGCGACCGGCUCCUCGUUCGGCUGAUGCUUUCGGGGAAGAAGCAUCUCCAGGUCAUGACUUUGAUCGCUGGUAUCCGCGCCCCCGCCACGGAGCGCGUCAAUCAGUCGACCGGUCAGACCCAGCCCGCCGAGGAGUUCGGCAACGAGGCGCGUGCCUAUGUCGAGCAGCGCCUGCACCAGCGCCAGGUCAAGGUCAAGAUCGUCGGCGCGAGCCCUCAAGGCCAGCUCAUUGGUGUCAUCCUACACCCCCGCGGCAACAUCGCCGAGUUCCUGCUCACUGAGGGUCUGGCUCGCUGCAACGACUUCCACUCGACCAUGCUUGGCAGUGACAUGGCUCCCCUUCGUGCCGCCGAGAAAGCUGCGCAGAAUGCGCGCCGUCGCCUGCACAAGGGCUUCGUCGGCAAGUCUACUGAUAACAAGGAGAUCGAGGCUACGGUCGCCAAGAUCGUGAGCGCGGAUACCAUCAUCGUGCGCACCAAGAACGGUCCCGAGAAGAGGAUCCAGUUCAGCAGUGUCCGCGGUCCCCGUACCAACGAGGCUUCCGAGGCUCCCUUCCGGGACGAGGCUAAGGAGUUCCUGCGCAAGAAGCUCAUUGGCAAGCAUGUCAAGAUCUCGGUCGAUGGCAGCAAGCCUGCCACUGAGGAGUUUGAGGCUCGCGAUGUUGCUACUGUUACCCACGGCGGCAAGAACAUCGGUCUGCUUCUCGUCCAGGAGGGUUACUGUUCGGUCAUCCGGCAUCGCAAGGACGAUACUGACCGCGCUCCCAACUACGACGAGCUCCUGGCCGCCCAGGAGACCGCCAAGGAGCAGAAGAAGGGCAUGUGGUCUGGCAAGCCCCCCAAGACCCGGCAGUACGUAGACAUGUCGGAGAGCUUGCAGAAGGCCAAGAUCCAGCUGUCGACGCUGGUCAGGCAACGCAAGGUCCCUGGCAUUGUCGAUUUUUGCAAGUCCGGGUCUCGCUUCACCAUCCUGAUCCCCCGCGAGAGCGUCAAGAUUACACUCGUCCUUGCCGGCAUCCGUGCCCCUCGCGCCGGCCGCACCCCGCAAGAGAAGAGCGAGCCCUUCGGUAACGAGGCUCUCGAGCUGGCAAACCGCCGUUGCAAUCAGCGCGACUGCGAGAUUGACGUCUACGACAUCGACAAGGUCGGCGGCUUCAUCGGCGACCUGUACGUCGGCCGCGAGAGCUUCGCCAAGGUCCUUGUCGAGGAGGGUCUCGCCGAGGUGCACCAGUACUCGGCCGAGAAGUUCGGCAAUGCCACCGAGCUGCUCGCCGCCGAGCGCCGUGCCAAAGAGGCCCGCAAGGGUCUGUGGCACGACUGGGAUCCGUCCAAGGAGGCCCAAGAGGAGGAGGAAUCUGGUGCCGCGGAGCCGGCGGCCGAGGCUGCGGUCGAGAUUACUCAGAAGCCCAACGACUACCGUGACAUCGUCGUCACGCAUGUCGAUACCAACGGGCGCAUCAAGGUGCAGGAGAUUGGCAAGGGCACGGACGCACUGGAGAAGCUGAUGGCCGAGUUCCGGCAGUUCCAUCUCAGCCCUGUCAACAGCGCGCCGCUGAAGGAUGCGCCGAAGGCCGGUGAGUACGUGUCGGCGAAGUUCUCUGCGGACGGGGAGUGGUACCGCGCGCGGAUCAGGUCGAACGAUCGCGCCGCGAAGGUUGCAGAGGUGGUGUACAUUGACUUUGGUAACACCGAGAAGCAGCCGUGGUCGAAGCUGCGGCCGCUGGACCAGACCAAGUUCGGCGUGCAGCGGCUCAAGCCGCAGGCGGUGGACUGCCAGUUGUCGUUUGUGCAGCUGCCGGCCUCGUCGGACUACCUGAGUGAUGCGAUCAACUUCUUGUAUGAGUUGACGGAGGGGAAGAGGUUGGUGGGCAGCUUUGACUACGUCGACGCCAAGGAGGGCAUCAACUACGUCACGCUGUUUGACCCGGAGUCGGAGGGCGCGCAGAAGGUGACGGAGUCGAUUAAUCGCCGCAUGGUGCAGGAGGGCCACGCGCUGGUCGCGAGGAAGCUCAAGGCUUGGGAGAGGAGUAAGGUGUUUGAGCCGGUGCUGAAGAGCCUCAAGGAGGCGGAGAAUGAGGCCAAGGAGAACCGGCGUGGUGUGUGGGAGUAUGGUGAUAUCACGGAUGAUUAA